GGGGUGGUGGCGGCCCCGGCGGAUGUUGACAUUGUGUUGUUGUUCCUGCCCACGGUAAUGGCGGCGGCGGCGGCGGCGGCGGCCGGGACCGGGUCCCCUCAGUAACCAGAGCCGACACUGCCGAGCGCCAGCUCCGCGGCCUCCGCGCCCGCAGCCUCGCCAGCCGUUCCCCCCCCCCCCCCCCCGCGGCCGCCCCAGAGCCAGGGCCCCGGGCGGGGGGCUCGCCGGCGCGGGAUGGCGGAUUUCGAUGAGAUCUACGAGGAGGAGGAGGACGAGGAGCGGGCCCUGGAGGAGCAGCUGCUGAAGUACUCGCCCGACCCGGUGGUGGUCCGCGGCUCCGGUCACGUCACCGUAUUUGGACUGAGCAACAAAUUUGAAUCAGAAUUCCCUUCUUCAUUAACUGGAAAAGUAGCUCCUGAAGAAUUUAAAGCCAGCAUCAACAGAGUUAACAGCUGUCUUAGGAAGAAUCUUCCUGUUAAUGUGCGGUGGUUGCUUUGUGGCUGCCUGUGUUGCUGCUGCACAUUAGGCUGCAGUAUGUGGCCAGUUAUUUGCCUCAGUAAAAGAACACGAAGAUCGAUUGAGAAGUUAUUAGAAUGGGAAAACAAUAGGUUAUACCACAAGCUGUGCUUGCACUGGAGACUGAGCAAAAGGAAAUGUGAAACGAACAACAUGAUGGAAUAUGUCAUCCUCAUAGAAUUUUUACCAAAGACACCGAUUUUUCGACCAGAUUAGCAUUUGCUUUAUUUAUAGAGACUUUGCAAGUGUGUUGUCUUUCCAAUGGUGCCUUGCUUGGUGCUCUCCUGCUGGUGACAUGAUGCUGGUUCUACAGAAUCGGGUGGUGGUUCUGUUUGUUUUGUUUUUAAAUAACCGCAUGUUCUAUGUGUGCAUAUUUGUCAAACUUUGCAAGUUAUUUCAUACAGAUGUUUAAUACUUAA